AUGGCCAGAAAAAGAAGCAUCAGCACAGCAAUCUUCGUCUGCUUGCUCUUCCUCGUAGCAUUCGGAGUUCUUGCACCUGCCAUCGCUCCUCUCCCUUCCCUCUCCUCUCGCUCUUCCCAUUCACACCUCAAGAAGAAAGUUGAUGAUCGGAAAUUCAAGAUUGCUGAUGACAUGUUUUGGAAAGAUGGUGAACCUUUCCGUAUUGUUGGCGGGGACUUGCAUUAUUUCCGGAUCAUUCCUGAGGUACUUUUUUCUUCCUGGCUAAUGUGUUGUCGUCCUGAUAGGCUGGAUUGCAAAAUAUUGGUGGGAAUGGACAUGGCCUAUUGUUCAUACAUCUCAUGUGUAGUAUGUCACAGAAGUACUGCGACAUACACUGCUGCAUAUUUGACUGGCAUUCUGGCUCUUCGGAAUCUUGAUUGA